AUGAGUGAUUCGUCCGAUGAGGAGGAGUCCUCCGGGGGGAUAACCCACAGAGGUGGUGAUGAGUGCAGGAGGAAAAAGAGAAGGAGAGAGGGGGGCAGCCACAGAGGAAGGCACGCAAAGAGGGAGGCAUCCUCCUCAUCUGUCGUCUCAUCUGCCACCCGAUCGGUGAGCUCCUCUGCCAAGUCCUCCCACUCCUCGUCGUCAUCUCCGCCAAGAGAGCGACGCAGGGGGAAGAGGCGAAGGGGGCACGGCCGCAGAAGUGAAAGUAGUGAAAGAAGUGAAACAAGCGAAAGGAGUAAACGCAGCCAAACCAGCAGUAGUAGCGGUAGAAGCUACUCCAGUCGCAGCAGUGAAGAGCGGGUGCGGGAGAAAGCCAAGCGAAGGAAGGCACGACGAAAAGAGAAAGAUAAGAAAUCGCACCGACGCAGGAAGAGCAAACGGGAGAAGACAGUUUUGCCUUCCCCACCAAGUAGAAAUACCCUCACCGUUAAGGAACUGAAAAAGGAGAGAGAAAAUCUGAUGCAGAAGCACUUCAACUACACGGAUGAGUGCAACCCGUUUGGAGACAACUCCCUGUCCACCCCCUUCGUGUGGAAGCUGAAAAAUAAAUAUGACCAGAUAAAGAAUAACCACAAGGUGAAGGUAACCACAACGAGUCUGCUACAGAAUUCUCUUUCAAAGAUAAGUGAAAUAGAGGAAGUAAAAAAAAGGAGACAAGAGAGAGACAACGAGAGAGCCAUGUUAGAAGACUAUCGCUUACAGUUAGAAAAGCAGAGGAACCAAAUUAACAUAAAAGAUUAUCUAAAAAAGGAACAACUGUUUUUCAUCGAUCAGCAGAUCAAAUCUUCCGACAGCAGGAUCGAACACAACUUUUUACAACUCCCCGACAUAUUUAGACUGGCUAUGAUGAUUGUUAACAGAGAGCAGGUGAAGAAGGUACGACCUGCUCUUUAUCGCGUUCCGUUCCAUGUCCUUUUGGAGGGCCAAACCGAACGGGAGCUGGAAAACUGCGCCAAGCAAAUAAAGUUACUCCUUCAACACGAUGAACUGAACAACGGUGGGAAGUUCAGACGUUACUGGGAAUCCCUCCUCUUCUUCUGUGGGUACUUCCUGGAUCAGCUACGCGAGAAGGAGCAUCCCCCCACCGACGCGAAGGAAAAGGACGAACACGAUGUGAACACCUUACAGUCCAAAACGGACAAGCAAAUACAAACCUUCCUCGAAAAUAAGAACUACGAUGAGUUAGUGACAUAUGAGGAGAAGAUAAAGGAAAAAGUUACUUCCCAAUGUGAGGACCUCUCAGAUGAGGUAUACUGGAACAGGGUCCUCCUGAAGAUCCCCUACUUUAAGGCCAAGAAUGUGCUGCUCCAUUUUCAUGCCAAGCUGCGGAAGAGGAUUAGCCUCAGCGGUGCCCACUCGGAGGACAGCGAAAGCCACAGUGACGAUCACAACGAAGCUGAGGUGCUUCACCGUGAACACCCCACCGAAGAGGACGAACCUAGAGCAAAAGCAACAACCACCGUGCCGUUCGAAUGCCACAGCCCGCAGCUAAUCCAUCCCGAGAGCAUCACCCAAAUGGGAAUCCCACCCGAGACGCACAUCUACACACCGGAAGAGGAACUACAGGAGAGAGUCAAACUGAACGAUGACAUUUGGCAUACAAUAAGGAAAGGGGGAAAAGAAAAACCAGACAUAAGUGAAGGCAACACGGGGUACUUCCAAACCGAUCACGUCGCACAGGGUGACAUGAACACCUCUGCGGAGCAGGCCCUCCUCAGGAAGCUUUUCACCAAAGACCAAGAAGUGUAUAACCGCUUCGUCCAAAGGGAGAAGAAAAAAGGCCGAGCUGGGGAAAUCACAAUGAAGGACGUCUCUCAUCAUCAGCACAGCACAGCUAACUCAUCUUUACCUAACUCUUUAAGGAGCAGCCUCCCAAUGUCUGCAGACGCUCUCCUUGCAACCAGGAAGCCUCUCUACUUCAAUCGGAUCAAAACCUCCUUCGACUGGAACAAAUACAAUAAGACGCAUUACGAUUAUGAGAACCCUCCCCCCAAAUAUAUAUGCGGUUAUAAGUUUAACAUUUUUUACCUGAAUUUACUGAACAAGAAGGAGAAGCCGUCGUGGAAGUUGCACCCUACGGAUGAUGAGAGUAAAGUUCUUAUAGUCUUCCAUGGAGGAGCCCCUUACCUGGAUAUAGCCUUCCAAAUAGUAAACGCGGAAUGGUCUUACGAUAAACACAGGGGCUUCCGCAACGUCUUCGACAAGGGCAUACUCCAGCUGUACUUCAACUUUAAAAAAAAGAGGUACCGCCGUUAA